UCACCUGGCUCUAAUAAAUUUAUUUGACAGGCACUUGUGGUUUUCCUAGUAACCAUGCAUGCCUAUUCCGGUGAAAAAAGUGAGAUGGAAGAGGUCUCAAUGGUCGCACUUUCGGGUUGCAUAUGGCUACAGGUUUUAGUUGUCACACUUGAAAUGAAUUCUUUCACCAUAUUGCAACAUAUUGCCAUAUGGGGAAAUUUUCUUGCUUUUUAUUUGAUCAAUAGCUUGGUGAGCACUAUUCCAAGACUUGGGAUGUACACUAUAAUGUUUCGUCUCUUUAGACAGCCAACUUAUUGGAUUACAAUGAUUCUUAUUUUUGCAAUAGGAAUGGGGCCCAUCUUGGCAAUCAAAUAUUUCCGUUACACAUACAAACCAAAUAUUAUCAAUAUUCUCCAACAGAAUGAGAGAUCUGGUGGGCCAAUCUAUGCUAUGGCCAUUGGAAACUUGGAGUCACAGAUCAAGCCUGUGGAUUCAGAUUUAUCAUCUCUGUCUAUUACUCAAGCCAAGAGUAGAAAUCCUGUACAUGAGCCCCUGCUAUCAGAUUCUCCAACGGCUACUAGACGUUCGGUGGGGCCGUCGGCAUUCGAUUACUUCUCGGCGACACAAUCUAGGUUUUCUUCUUCUUCUUCUUAUUCUAGAAACUUGAAGAAGAACUGACUAGCAUUAUUGAGACUAGAUGACAG